CGUCGUGCAGUGAUAAGAAAAUCCUACACUUAGUCGCACACGCCGCGUGUUUCCACCGCUUUCCACGUUCUCCCGAAAUCGUCACGAGUAUCAACGUGGUUGCAUUUCCGGAAAGUCUCCGAGAGAAAAAUCGAGUUCCGUUCCGUUUUCAAAAGUGCAGAUUUACGAGCUUCAUCAAAUUGGAUCUCCUAGUUCAAAAUUUUCUGUUCGUCUUACUUGGAACGAUUUUACUCGCCUCGUAGUUUGUUGGUGAUUCAGUGCAUAAUUAGAACCGCAUAACAUGGUACUUUAAAAUCCCCGUGUUUUGUAUGUUCUUCACUCCGCGUAAUCUCCUCGGUGAUAAAUUUCGGGGCGCAAAAUUUGUUUUGUUUGAUUGCCUUUUUGAGGUGUGUUCAAAAUUUUGAAUUUUUUUUCAAAAAAAUUCACUAACCUCUAUGACCCCCUUAUAUGAAAUAGACCUUAAGUGGAAUUUAUCAGAUUAAGUGUUCAGAGGAAUAACGCGAUUUUCUCCGUGCAACUUUGACUUGCGUGCAACUUACACCUGAGAUUGUUCUGAUUUUUCCGGCUUCUUCAUUUAUUUACAUUUUAUGUGUGUAUUAGUAGGUAAAAAUAGUCGAAAUACUUGUCUCCAGAGUGAUAGGUAUCUAUGUUCUGCACGUACAUUAUUAGCUUCUUUUGAGCCCAAAAACUGAACGAGUGAACACUUUAAUUUAGGUUUUCCACUUCUAACUGGAUUUCAUGCUAAUCCUCCUGAGUUCGGAAAGAAAGUUCACCAAGUGGCAUUGAGUGUAACAAGUGAUUGAUUAACAGCAGGUCAUUCUGCGAUACAACCUUGCAAUUUUCAGCAGCCUUUUUGAAAGGAAACCAGCCUUGACAAAACCAGAUGAGUUGGGCCAUGAUCGCUUCCAUCGAAGCUCAAAGCUGCCCUUCUCUUAGCAGUGCACAAGUCCACGGGCGAUGAAGCUGAAUUGAAUAUGAUACCUGGGCCGGAGAACCGCUAGGUCUGAAUUCACUCGAGAAUCAUCAAAAAUGGGGGGCUGCGAUGGAUGGGCCUUCCUUAAACUGGUUGAGCUGAUCCUGUGCAUCAUAUGCUUGCUCUACAAAAAGUGGUCGGACGAGGAGGCGUCCCGCCUGUUCUACAUCAACGAGAAGGCAUCGGCGGAGUGGCCGCUUCUCAACAAAGUGACGUGGGGCGAAGCCGGGUCCCUCUUCGCUGACAUCACCUACGGCAGCUACGUCAUCAUAACUUUCGCUCUUCUUAUCGGCCACUGCGUUGGAGAGCUCCAGCAUAGUCAUCGAAUGGAAACAAUUCUGAUGGGCCUGGGCGCGCUGCUCUUCAUCGGUGUCGGUUGCCUGGAGAUCUGCGGUGUGGACCUCCUCCAACACGAGCUCGUCGACAACGCUAUCAUCUUGGGGAUCCUCUCCAUCGUAACGGGCAUGAUAUUCCUCUCGGAUAUCGGCACCAUCACACGGCGCAACGGCCCUAAAACCGUCAACUACCAAACCCAGAACCUCCGGCUCGCCCAUGAAAAAUCCCAGGGCAAGCAUGCCGCUUUCGUUCCGGAAAAACCUGCGGAGGUCACCAAGGUAGAGGUCGUGACCACAGAGCCAAGCGCGCCGCACGGUCAAACGAAUGGUCACUACAACGGCCACGUGGAGGACCACGCGCGGAUAGCCCACGAGUGGAGCAGAGAAGCCAAUGCCAAGGAAAAGGUGAAAAACGCCAGGAACAAGGAAAUCUCCAAAGCUGACAUCGUCAUCAGCAACCCGAUGCAAACAGCUAGUUAUCCAGUGGAAGGGACGGUGACCUACGGCAUUGACCAGCCCGACUACGAGGUCAAGGCCCGGUCGAAAAGCGCGCAUGUCGCCAACGGCUACCCCAUGGCCGGGAUGGUCCCGAUGGGCGAACUCCGAUCGUCGCUCAGGAAAAGGAUGGAGCGGCAGGAGCAGCAUGGCAGACGAUCCCACGAAGAAGAGAAAGCUAUAAUCGAGAUGGACCUCCGAAAAAUAGAGGGAACGGACCUAGCGCAUCGUCGGGGCAGCAUCACUGACUCCUACGCAUCGGAGAAAGACCACACGCACAGCACUUACUACGAGUCCAAGGAGCACACCAAAAUUGUGUCCCGACCCACAAAUCUCAGAUUCGCGCCGGAUCGAUCAAGGUCUCCUCAGCGGUUCAGGGACCCGUACUACGACGCUUCGUUCAGGGGGUUGAGCCGGGAGAAGCGUCACUUGUCCAAGAGCAUGGACGACAACCUGUCGGACUUGCGGGCCCAAUCGCCGACCGUGACCAGCUCCCAAAAAACCCCGCCGGGUCACAGCCCCCAAGGCCGCGGCGGCCCGGAGGAAAGCUCCGACGAAAGCGUCACCCUCCAGCUUCCGUCCGUCUCCUACCUCCUCGCCGACAGGGGCAAGAAAGUGCAGCCCACCCUCGCACACUCCCCGCUAGAGCGCGUUGCCGACCACAAGGACCACAGGAACGGCUCCCAUAACACCGAUAAAUAUUAUUACGGUGCCCAACAAACUGUAUUCAACCCUCCUGCAGGGGACCUUAAAUCCUCACCGAAGUCUCCGAGAGACCCUGGAUACGUUUUGCACACAGCUUCAAAAUGGCCAACAGCAACUGUGACGGAGUCAGAUUCUAAAGUGCGAUGGAGUGUGAAUGCACGGACUCAAAAUAUGAGAUAGUUACCAUACAUUUUUUAAAUUUCUAGCUCACUUAAUUGUAAUGACAAAAAUUUCCUAGAAUGUGUGCUCGGUCACGUCGAAAUAAUAGACAAUAAAACAGGAUUUUGAGGGGUUGAAGUAAAACUGUUUGUAACUGAAAAGUGUUUGCUGAAGAGCUUGAUUCUGUCUUCUUUCUAUUUCCUUUGAAUGUGAUCGGUUAUAUUUCCAACUAACUUAAGUACCACUUUUUAAAGGUGACUGAAGCCAAAAGCAGAGUAUUAACCAAUCUGUUGUCAUUAGAACAGAACUACCUACAUUUCAAUGAUAUGAUCCUUGAUCAGUAUACCAAUAAUGAAAUUUAACCCUUUCUUUGGCACAUCACAGCAUUCAACUGUAUUUUUUAAACAAUUUCAAAAUUCUGACGAUGAGAAAGUAAAGUAAGUACAGGAUAGAAUCCAUGCAGGAAUCAGUCCAAAGCAUUACCUAAGAAAUUUAUGAAGAUGAGACGCAAACUAAGAAAGACUGAGUCAAUGUUCAGAUUGCCACAUAGACGUAACGCUCAGUCAUUUUUAAGUGUAUUUUGAUGUCACAUGAAGAAACAUUUUCGCUAAAAAUUUCCUGACAAAACGUCCACUUAUGCAACGGAAUUUGUCCUUAACAAUAAUUUUUCAUUCAAAUGAGGCUAUCUCCAACUUGUUUACGAUAUUUUUACUAGUAGUUUGUUCUCUGAAUUUGAGCAUUUUUAACAGUUGGAUUGAUAUUAAAAAAAUCAUUGUGAAAAAUCAAUGAGAAACAAGUCACAGCAUACAAAAUUGUAAUCCCUAGAGUGAAACUUCCUCCAGCAUAGACAGAAAAGUCACGUUUGGCAGUCUUUAAGUCCAAAUGCUGCAGUAUGCUAAAGGUGAGAUAAAAAAAAUGACUCAUUUUUUUUCCAGUCCGAAGCCAUUUUUAGAAGUAAAGACUUUAUAUUUUUCCAUGAAAAUAUUGUUGAUAGGUAUGUUGUAAAACAUCUUUUGUUAUCAUCAGAACCAACACCUACAUAUACGCUCUUAAAACUUUUUUUUCUUUUAUUCACCAAUAGUUUAAAAUGUUUGUUUUAAAUCAAUUAUUUAAUACCAGUAUUACCGACAGUCCCAGCAAGUUUUUGUGAUAAUUCGUAUUCACAGAAUGACUGCCAUUUCUCUUUAAUUUCAAGUAUUUGGUGAUAAAAUCUUCGAUAACAUUUGCACGAGGUCAGCAAAAUCUUUUGUAACAGUCUUUGGACCCACAUUGAGGGCAGUAUUCAUCGGCAAGACUACUCAAGCUCAUUCAACAUUCAGGGUCUCUGCCUCACAAUAUUAGAGCCAAGACUAGAUGAGGACAAAAAAUACAUCUUAUAUAUUCCCAUUUACUGACCUGUAUUUCCUACAUAUUUAUUUAAUGACUUUGUAUUGUAUCUUAUCAUGUAUGAUAUCCAUUAGAAUAAAUCUCUUUUAUAAAUGAAA